UUGCACUAAUUUUUUGGUUGUUUCGAUUAUUAAAAAUUAGUAUUAAAUAUUGAUUUCAUUCUGGUUUUGAAGUCACGCAAGACGUGGCAACGCCGCACUACCGUCGUUUGUUUACGUCGCUGUGUGGUCGUCCAGAGAUUAUUGGGUCGUCUGCUUCAAAGGUUGCAGUUUAGCUGCUCAACCACGCUCGAAUUUACUCGAACGCCUUGUUCACUAUGCUCGAACGGUGGCUAUCACUGAUCUCUAUAGUGUUAUAUAGAGAUCAGUGGUGGCUAUCCUGCUCAAAUUUGUGCGCAAUUCCCGCAUACUUUGUCACGUGCUCAGUGACCGAUUCCUGCCGGUUCCGGAUAAAAAAAAUCCCUCAAAUUGCCUUACGACACAUGCACACGCGAUUCUUUGUACGACUGCGUAAAGCGUGGUGUCGAGAAGGUAUCCAGUCGGCAUAAAGUCACUCCACCUUACAAACGGAAAUACAAAUGAUGUUCCCUGAACUGGUCAAUCCAGAGCUACGGCACGAAUUUCAUUUCGUUCAUCGACUUGAUUAUGCUACAAGCGGAGUUAUUUGCUUGGCUCUCAAUAAGCAGGCUGCCAAAGCAGCCACCACUGCCUUUGAAAGUAGAAAAGCAAAGAAAUACUAUUUAGCUCUAGUCCAUGGACAUAUAAACAAAAGUCAUGUUAUCAUUUCGGAGCCAAUUGGAGAAGAUAUUCGCGAAAAGAAUGGAAAUCAUAGAAUGUGUACAGGAGGUAGUGCCUUCUGUGAAAGACCUCGGGAUUCGCGCACAGUGUUACUAGUACUUGAGACAGGGACUAGGAACGGCAAACCAGCAACUAAAGUAUUGCUCUGCCCUAAGACUGGUCGCCGCCAUCAGUUGCGAGUUCACUGUUCGCAUAUUGGUCACACGAUUAUAGGGGAUUAUACAUACAGUGAAAGACAAGACACAGAACCGCAUAGAACAUUUCUCCAUUCGUUUAGACUCAUACUACAAAACGAGGUUGAAAAUCUAGAUGUCAGUACAGCAGAUCCAUUCUCAAGUUCAGAGGCAAUGAAUAGGUGGAUUCCAAUAAAUUCAUUACAAGUUUUAGAUAGUAGCGUUUUUGCAACUAUUGACGAGCUCACAUCAGACAUGUCCUGA